AUGAGUGGGCAUGAAGUUUGUUCUGGAAAUUUGGCACGGAUGCAUCGAGAAUUGAAAAAUCUCACAUUUAGCAAUCCUGGCGAAGCAACUCGAAUCUCCCACAAAGAAGUUUUGAGUCAGAAACAAGGGGUUCGUCGUUCUACAAGAAAUCGCAAAACAAUAGCACCAGUAGAUUGUUUGUUGGAUUACAUUCCACAUCACGAUGAAGAAGGCUAUUUUAUAAAGCCUGAUGGUUAUCAUGUUAAACUUUGUGAUUGUCUACGAAUAGAUUGCCCCGGUAAUUGUCAUGUAUUUCAUUCACGAUAAUA